AGUUACUUAGCUCAGGAUCUGAAGGACUUCAGUUAUCCUGUGUAUGCCUCAGGAAUUGGAAGCAUCUCCUUCCACAGGAAUCGCAGGAGACUAACAUGACAGAGUCUCCAAAGUUUUCCAGUGCUGAGGGAAACUGGGCGCCUGAGCCCUUGGACUCCAUGGGAGACUCAUCGUUGGGCAGCAGCCCUGACGUGGAGCAGUGUGUUUUGGAAUCCUCAUCCAACCAGAGCCUCUCUGUGGGCUAUUUCCCCCAUGAGGACGGCAUUGACUGUGAAGACAUCAUACCUUGUGAAGAGCUGACUUCUGAGGGUCCCUCCUGCCACGUGCUGCCUCCUGUCCAAGGGGCAUGGGGAAGCGAAAGUGAAAUUAAACCUGUGGAGAGACAAAAUCCAAUUCAGGAGAACCCAGAGAAGCCAGGCGAAGAAGCCAUCCUCGAGGUCUUGGAUGCCUAUCUGGAGUGGCACCAGGAAGACUCGGGAGCUAAUGGGACUCCCAAGGAAGACUCCCAGAGGAUGGACGAGUGCCCACAGGAGAGCAUAAACCAGACCCUCUGGGACGUGGAUGAGCUCAUGAAAGAUCUGGAGGCAUUUAUGGAGAGUCAGAAGGUUGACCAAGACCAUGGCUCUGAGCUGUUCGAUUCUCCUCCUGCGGAGGAUCUCCAGCCGUGCACCAGUGCCUCUUCCGAUAUGGAUCAGGUCAGUGACCAAGAAUCUGAAGCUUGUGAGGACUUGCCCAAGUGUGACCCACCAGAAAACGGAGACAUGGACCAGUUCCCAGAAAUGCCUCCUGAGCUUGAGGACGACGAAAUUGUUGAGAUGGAAAGCCAGGAGAUCUGCACUGCAGAGACCUCAGUCUCCUCAGAGCCGUCCAAGGAGGAGGACGGGCCUUCAGAGGAAGAAAACACGUGCUGUCUGAACUUGAGCUUAGGCUUCAAGUGGCUCAGGAAGCGAGUGGUCUCUGCCCUGACAGGGAGAAAUCGCCCUCCGAGGGCCAACAACAGCUCCAUUCUGCUGUCAAUAAGGAGAAGACAUUUAUUUGGAGGCAAUAAAGUCCAUCCUCAAGAAUCCCUUUAGUUAGGACCCCCUGUCUACCCAGAAUUCUAACCAUUUUCAUUGUUCCUUCUGUACAGUUACCAUGGUUUUAUGUUUCCCAAUAAACACAACAAAUGUUCUUGUUA